AUGGAUACCCGAAAGAGGAAGGCCGAGGGGGCAGCGGAGGAGUCGACGGCCAAGCGCGGCCGCAUCGACGCGGCCAAGGGCACCGUGAUCCUGAGCGAGGGGCCCCCCCGCCCGUCGUACAAGCGGCCGCGCGCCAGGGGGGGAUCGAACCGCAGGCCGCCCAGCAGGGACAGCGCGCUGGAGCGGCUGAAUGCCGCGGUGGUCGACGGCGCGCUGUGGCACGCGGGAUGCGGGGAGCCGCUGGGCGGGAGCGGGGAGUCGAUCGGUGUGUCGUUCAGUUCCGCGGAGGAGUACGUGGCGGCCUUCGAGCCCCUGCUGCACGAGGAGGCGCGGGAGUCGCUCCGGGCGGCCUGGGCGGACAACUGCGACCGCGGGCACCACUGGGAGGUGGCGCUGGGCGGCGUGGGGCAGGCGGAGGGGGGGUGGAUCGGGCUGGAGGUGCGGAUUCGGCGGAAGCUGUUCGGCAAGGGGCCGCCGCGGCCGGCGCCCGGCUCGGCGGUGGUGCUGUCAACGUUCACCCCGCCGAAGCGCGGCCCGAUGGACGCGGUGCACAGGCUGGGAGUGGUGGCGGGCAUCGUGGGCCCGCCGACGCGCGACGAGGCCGACAGGGUGCUUGUGCAGCUGCACCCCGCGUGCGCCAGCCACGGCGGCGAAGAGGGGGCGGCGUGCAGGGCGGUGGUGGGGAUGCUGAGGGCGCCGCGGGGGCCGUGGUGCAUGACGUCCGGCGGGUCGCUGAUAACGGAGCAGCGCGAGUGCGAGGCGCUGCACUCGCUGAACAAGAUCCGGUUCCUGGGGGCGAUCCUGCGGCCGGAGGCGGAGCUGGUGGCGCGGCUGGACGACCUGCCCAGAAAGUGGCCGGACGAGAUGGGCCAGGGGCUGCACGAGUUCAUCACGAGCAACUACGACCGGGCGCAGGCGGACGCCAUCGCGAUGUGCACCGCGCACUUCGCCACGCCGCCUGAGGGGCCUCCGGAGGGAGAGGGUGGCAGGCACGGGCGGCCGCUGCCGAUCGCCCUGAUUCAGGGCCCACCGGGCACGGGAAAGACGCACACGGUGAUCGGCAUCCUGAACAUGUGGCACCUGGUGCAGUUCCAGAGGUUCUACGAGCGCGUGGUGGAGCAGUACAAGCGGGACGCGGGGGAUGCGGCGACGGCGGGUGGGGACUGGGACAAUCUGAUGGGGUUGAUGAAGACCGGGGAGGUGCGGCGGUCGAUGAGGCCCAGGAUCCUGGUGUGCGCCCCGUCCAACGCGGCCAUCGACGAGCUGCUGGAGAGGAUCCUGAAGGCCGGGUUCUCGGACUCCGAGGGCGGGAGGUACUGCCCCAAUGCGGUGCGCGUGGGCUCGGAGGACGCUCCCAUCUCGGAGGCCGUCAAGGCGGUGUGGUCCGAGACCCUGGUGUCCGGGUACCUCAAGAUGGAGGAGGCGGAGUGGGAUCGAAGAUACAGGAGCUUCUCAGUGAGGAGGAAGUCGCUCAGGGACGACAUCGCGGGGAUGGAGAUGAGGCUGCAGCAGAGCCCGGGGCAGCUGUUUGCCCAGGCGUCUGGGCUGAUAUCUGCCUUGGAGAAGAAGGAGAAGUUGGACCUGGAGUUGGAACGCCUGGAGGCGGUGCAGUCGAUCGUCCGGGGCAUGCAGAGGCCCAACAAGGAGGUCAGGGAGGAGCUGGAGCUGUCCUACCUUAACAGCGCGGAGAUGGUGUUCACCACACUGUCCAGCACCAGCAAGAAGAUCUUUAGCAAGGCCAAGAGGGGGUUUGAGACUGUGCUGAUUGAUGAGGCUGCACAGGCAAACGAGGUGGCAGCACUGCAGCCUCUCAUCCAUGGCUGCUCGCAGCAGUUCCCAUCGGCCUAUUUCUAUAACAACCGUCUUGAGGAUGGCCCUGACGUCAAGAACGACAGGUUUGCAGAGUUUUACGCUCAUGGCCUGCUGAAGCCGUAUGUGUUGUUUGAUGUCGAGACUGGGCAGCAUGAGCGGCAGACCACGGGGUCCCUGCACAAUCGUGUGGAAGCAGAGUUGGCUGCUUCGCUCUUCCAAGAGCUGCGCAGCUGGCUGAUCAAGAGGUGUGAGGAGCUCAUCAGGCAGGGCAGGCCGCCUCCCCCAGGCGUCACGGUUGCUGUGAUCACUCCCUAUCGCAGCCAGCGCAAAUGUCUAAGAGACGUGUUCAUCGAGAUACUGGGAGUGGAGGUGGCCAGCGAGGUUAAGACUAUGACCAUAGACUCUUGCCAAGGCAAGCAGGUGGAUGUUGUGAUCCUUUCUUGUGUGCGGGCAUCCACCAGGUCGUCCGGUGUGGGUUUUGUGUCCGACAUCAGACGGAUGAACGUUGCAAUAACUCGCGCUAAGCGGGCCCUCUGGAUCCUUGGCAACUGCAAGACCCUGCGAGGCAGCUCCACGUGGGGCGCCCUGAUCCAAGAUGCUGAGAGCCGUGGUUGCCUGAUCAAGAGUGCGAGUGCCAAGGAGCUCUUCCCACACCAGCCACAGUUCCAGCCUGGUUUUGUUCGACACACUGUUCCCCAGCCCAACCAAGAAGCAGAUGAGGCAUCUACAGCUAUGCAAAUGGAGGCGGUGCAGACCACAAACGCACCCCAGUCGCUUCCAGAAUCUCAGUUUUUCCCCGCAGUUGCACAUGAGGAUGGGGGAAUCGUGAACCAAUUUUACGAGGUAGCGGUGCCAGCCAAUGUUCUUGACAGUGUUGCGAAUCUGGCAGAAGCAGCAACCCUCCCGCAGGGUUUUGCUGGCAGCAGUGACGCACAGGAACCAGCAGUGCCCCGUUUGGGACUGACAGAGGUUGUGCAGCCGUUCUUUGCACAGGCCAUGACCACAGGUGGCGAUCAGCACGUGCUGGAGCACAAUCCAAACGUCCAGGCUGUGCAACAGAUCAGCAUUGGCCCCAAGCGUUCCAAGGCCAGGUAG